AUGCAGAUUCUAAUGGAUGAGUGGAAUAUAAAACCUCCUAGUUGGGUGAGCGCCGAUCCUUGUGAUGGCUGGGAAGGUAUAAAGUGCACCAAUUCACGCAUCACCGCCUUAGUGUUGGCAAACAUGGGUUUGAAAGGCCAGCUAUCCACUGAUAUCGAGUUGUUAUCUGAGCUACGAAUUCUGAAUUUGUCUUUCAACAAGGGUCUGAGUGGACAACUUCGAGCUUCAAUUGGAAAAUUGAAAAAACUAGUACACUUAAACCUGGUUGGUUGCAGUUUCUUCGGUCCUAUUCCAGAUGCUAUAGGAUCUCUGACGAAGCUGUCUUAUCUAUCUCUGAAAAACAAUAGUUUCAGUGGACCGAUUCCACCUUCCAUUGGUAAUCUGUCCAACCUGACCUUUAUAGACCUAUCUGACAACAAGCUGCAGGGAUCCAUCCCAGUCUCUAAUGGGACUACACCUGGUCUUGAUAUGUUACUUAAGGCGAAGCACUUUCAUUUUGGGAACAAUCAGCUCUCUGGCCCAAUUCCACCUCGACUUUUCAGCUCAAACAUGGCCAUGAUACAUUUAAUUUUUGACAGAAACAAUCUAAAUGGUAGCAUUCCUUCCACAGUUGGACUUGUUCAGAAAUUGGUGGCAGUACGCCUGGACGGCAAUUCAUUGAGUGGGCCUGUGCCUUCGAGCCUCAACAACCUUACAAAUGUGUCUGAACUGCACUUGUCCAAUAAUAUGCUGACUGGUCCUAUGCCCAACCUUACUGGCAUGAUACAUCUCAACUAUGUGGAUUUGAGCAACAACACGUUCGCUGUGUCAAAUGUUCCUGCCUGGUUUUCUACCUUGGAGCUUUUGACAACAUUAAUGAUGGAAAACACGGGGCUUCAGGGAAUAAUUCCUCCAGCCCUCUUCAGCUUUGAGAAUUUGGAGAAAGUGGUACUGAGGAACAACCUUCUCACUGGCUUAUUGGAUAUUGCAAACUCUAGCAACCAGUUGCAACUAAUUGAUCUGGAGAGGAACUUCAUUAAUGAACUUGCACAAAACAAGGAAGGAUCCAACUACACAUUGAUACUGGUCAACAAUCCAAUUUGUGAGGAGAGUCAGACUAAUAAUUACUGCAUUGUUUCUCCAUCAAAUGUACCCAACUCAAUGUCACCAACUCCAAGUAACUGUACACCUGUUGCUUGUACUUCAGGCCAGGUUUCUUCCCCUAACUGUAGAUGUGCAUAUCCCUACAGAGGAACACUAGUCUUCAUAUUUGUUUCUUUCUCAAAUUUGGGAAACUAUAGUUAUUAUAGAUCUCUUGAGGAAGCUAUCUUGAAAAGUUGCCAGUCCUUUAACCUCCCGGUGGAUUCAGUUUCUCUGGGUCGUCCUUCCUGGGGUUCAUCUUUUCAUCUUGAGCUAGUCAUAGAAAUCUUCCCAUCUGGUGAUCAAGCAGUUCUGGAGCUUGCAGGAUCAAACAAGGGAUUGAUAAUUGGUGCUUCCAUUGGUGGAUCUGUGCUUUUGUUAUUAAUAGUCCUUGUGGGGUGUUAUGCUCUGUACCAAAAGAGGAGAGGAGACUCGCCAUCGCGUAGAUCAAUCCUCAUGGUAAGACCAUCUACGGGGGUUUCAACUGUCGGUGCUCCAGAGCUGAAAGGAGCAAGGUUGUUCUCUUUCGAAGAGCUGAAGAAAUACACAGACAAUUUUUCCGAAGCAAAUGAUAUUGGAUCUGGCGGUUAUGGCCAGGUGUAUCGGGCAACUCUUCCUACCGGCCAAAUUGUUGCCAUUAAAAGAGCUAGACGGGAAGCUAUGCAAGGUGCACCUGAGUUCAAAGCCGAGGUUGAGCUUCUAUCAAGAGUACACCAUAAGAAUCUUGUCAGCCUAGUUGGUUUUUGUUUGGAGCAAGGUGAACAAAUGUUGGUAUAUGAGUAUGUUCCAAAUGGUGAUCUGCUGGAUAGUCUUUCAGGAAAGUCAGGAAUCAAGUUAGACUGGAUGAGGAGACUGAAAGUUGCUCUUGGUGCAGCAAAAGGUCUGGCAUAUCUUCAUGAAUAUGCGAACCCUGUCAUUAUUCACCGUGACAUCAAGUCAAACAACAUCCUACUUGAUAAUGAUCUGGAAGCAAAAGUUGCUGACUUUGGUCUCUGCAAGUCUAUGGCUGACAGUGAAAAGGAUUAUAUUACUACUCAAGUUAAAGGGACAAUGGGCUACUUGGAUCCUGAGUAUUACAUGACUCAACAGUUGACUGAGAAGAGUGAUGUAUAUAGUUUUGGUGUGGUACUGUUGGAGCUGAUAACUGCUAGAAGGCCAAUUGAACGAGGGAAGUACAUAGUGAGAGUGGUACAGUCGGCAAUAGAUAAGUCUAAAGAUUCGUAUAAUCUUCGUGAAGUACUUGAUCCAAACAUUGAUUUAGGAAAUGAUCAGCUGAAAGGUUUAGAAAUGUUUGUCGAUUUGGCAAUGUUGUGUGUAGACGAAUUACGCGCUAAGAGGCCUAGAAUGGGGGCAGUGGUGAAAGAGAUAGAGAAUAUAAUACAGAUUUCUGCUGCUAAGUGGAAUGCCGGUGCCAAUUCAGCAGCUACUUCAGCUAGUUAUGAGAGUGGAGAAGUUUCCAAGGAUCUUUACAGUGUAGUCUUUGAUUAUAGUAUGGUUCUUGAAGGACGAAGAUAGCGCCUCAGUUAGUAUGAUAUACACUUACAGUACUUGGAAAGUCAGACUAUUAAAAAAUUUAUAGAACU